AUUUUAGGAGAGAGAGUAAUAUUUUUAUUCUCUUGUGUGUUCCUUCUUAACCCUAGCAGCCGCCAACCUCUCCUCUUCGUUCUCUACCGCCUGAUGAAAGGAAAAAAAAAGAAUCUUUGGGAAGAUGGAAUUUCAUUCGCAAAUCGUUUCUCUAGAAAAGGAAGAAAGGAUAGGGCGUUUUACCGAGCAUCGUGUUCGUAUGAUUUAUAUAGAGUUUAAAUUACUUCCGAAGAUUGAAUCAUAUCACAAUCAAAGGAAAGAAGAACAGAGUACCGUUCAGAUUCCAUGUUCUCAGCACUGGAGUAAAUCCUUCCGCGAUUGGUCAAAAUUACCUGAAGAUAUGUGGGUUGAAAUCCUGUGUCGAAUAUCACAAAAGCAAGUUUCAAGAUACAAAGCAGUUUGCAUGACAUGGAAUCACUUGAUUAGCAAUGUUUGCAUUCCAAGACUGUACCUUUCUUCUGACAUUUAUGGGUUUCUUUAUAAUUCUAAGUCUGAACCAUUAUUGAGCUUCAGAUACAAUCGGCCACCAAGGAUACCAGAAUUAAGACCUGAUGACACAUGCUAUCAACUUAUACCAUCUUUUCCUCACAUACCGUAUUUUCUUAGUUAUUGCAACGGUAUGCUUUUGUUUAAUGAUAGUCGUAUCCUGCACUUUUUUGUUUGCAAUCCGGCAGUCAAUCAGUGUGUGACAAUACCUCCUUGUCCUGAUGGUUGUCGAAACAUGCAAUAUAGUUCACUGGCUUUUGACCUUAUCAGGUCUAUCCACUUUAAGUUAGUUUGCUUUCAUUGUGAAGGGUCUCCUAUCACAUUUUAUGUCUUCUCAUCAGACAGUGGUAGAUGGGAUAUACAUGAAGUUACUUUUGAACAUCCCGCAGCCAUGCAUAGAUGGUAUGAACACGCUGUGUACUCGAAUGGCGUGUUAUGCUAUUUAUCUGAAUCAAAGCAUCUCGUAUGUCUUGGCAUUGACCGCAUGAAUGCCAGUGCCAUUGACCUCCCGAGAAAGGACACCAUGGAACUUUUGGGAUUUAUUGGAGAGUCGAGAGGACAUCUCUAUCAUUCUAAUCAUGACCACAGUAAUAUCUUUUUCUGGAUGCUUGAGGGUUGUUUUGAGACUGCAAGGUGGAUUUGUAUGCUAACAAUAUGCAUACAAGAUGUGGUUGCUAACCCAAAGGUUGGUAACAUGUUGAAGCACCAGGGAAUAUCAACUUUCAUGCCUUAUGCUCUACACCCGGAAGCCAAUAUCAUUUUUAUAGGGACGCAUAAGAAUAUCAUUGCUUAUGAUUAUAGUGCUUGUGAACUGAGAGGUCUUUGGAAAAUAAAAGAAUUUAAGUCGCGUGCACUUGAUCAGCGUACUUUAUGGCUUUACAGACAAUGUUUUGUGAAUUUGAAAGGUUUGACAAGACAUCAUGAGCCAUAUUAUUUCUAAGCAACACAAAUAUGCUUUCUAAGUUGAAGAAGAAGAUGGAAGGAACUUGUUGCUAGCCUAAUAAUCUCCUUUUGCUUCCAAUGCAUCAAGAAUGUUUCUGCAAAGGGACGUUCUGAAGGGUUCUCUUCCAGCAUUGACAUCAAUAAUGACCAGAGAUUUUUUUACCAGCCCCUGUGUGUCCUCUGUAUUAUAUUACUCCUAUUGUCAGCUAAGCAACACAAAUAUGCUUUCUAAGUUGAAGAAGAUGGAAGGAACUUGUUGCAAGCCUAAUAAUCUCCCUUUGCUUUUAAUGCAUCAAGAAUAGUCUGCAAAGGGACGUUCUGAAGGGUUCUCGUCCAGCAUUGACAUCAAUAAUCACCAGAGAUUUUUUGACCAGCCCAUGUGUCCUCUGUAUUUCUCUAGAUGUAGCUCAUGUAUUUGUUUAAAAAAUAAUUGGUCCUAUU